UUGGUUGAUCACGUGACCAAAAACUUGCGCGCCUUAACCAGCCUAGGCCAGCCCACAGACAAGUGGGACGUAUUGAUAAUAUUUAUGUUAUCCUCUAAGUUAGACAGUAAUACUUUGCUAAAAUGGGAAGAAUACCGCAAUAAUUUGGACAGUGAUGUACCCACUUUAGAACAAUUUUAUAAGUUCAUGAUCGAUCGCGCUGAUGUACUCGAAUCGUUAAAUCGUAACAAUAAAUCAGAUGUUGUUAGUGUGUCAAAGCCACCUAGCGUUCCUUCACGUUCUGCACCGAACAAUAAUUACGGUCAAAGACCAGUUCAAAAUAAUUACGUCAAAUCAUUUGCAAGCUCAACCAAUAAUUAUAGCAAUAAAAAGCAAAACAUAUUUGCAUGUGUUAUUUGCAAUGAGCGUCAUAGGAUUUAUGAUUGUCCUACUUUUAAGGCGAAGGGAGUUGACGAGCGAAUGAUGGAUGUGACAAAAUAUAAAUUGUGCACAAAUUGUCUGAGGCAAGGUCAUGUUGAAAGUGAGUGCCGCAUGGGUCCAUGCCGCGAGCACGGCUGCACCGAGCGACACAAUAGUCUUCUCCACCGUCCAUCUUCCUCCUCAAGCCACCUCGCUCAAGUAGACGAAGAAGACGCAGUGCAUGUCAAUUAUGCUUAUCAAAAUACAAUUCAAGGCCGUCGAGGUUUAUUAUCCACGGCAAUUAUUGAAGUAGAGAAUCCAGUAAACCAUCAAAAGUUAAAAAUUCGUGCAUUUUUAGAUAAUGGAAGCGAGUCAUCUUUCAUUACUGAGUCUCUUAAAGCCAAACUGUCAUUGAAACCCCGCUCAAUUGAAUCCUUAAAUGUUAUAGGAAUGGGCGAUACUCCUUCUAAACAUGUAAUAAAAGGAACUUGUGAUGUUCAAUUAAAUUCAACAAAAAAUAAGUUUAGUGCUAUUUUAUCUUGUUACGUCAUGGACGAACUUACCGGUCGUAUACCAAAGGCGCCCGUCGAUAUUACCUCAUUCAAUUUACCUCAAAAUAUUGAGUUGGCUGAUCCAAUGUUUCAUCAGCCAGGCCCCAUAGAUGUUGUCAUAGGUGCUGACCUCUUCUGGGAUAUUAUAGGGCAUGAGGAAAUUUCCCUUGGACCAAAUAACCCAAAGUUAAGAAGUUCAAAGUUCGGUUGGAUAGUGUGUGGACGUAUAAACUCAGUUGUAUCUAACAAAAAGAUACUCUGCAAUCAUGCUGUAGUCUCUUCAACGCAAAAUGAAAAUGUUGACAAUUUAGUGUCAAAAUUCUGGGACUUGGAAGAAGUUCCCAAAAAACCAAACUUGAGUAAACCAGAAAGUGAAUGUGAAAAACACUUCCUCACUCAUACUAUAAGAGACGAGGAAGGACGAUUUUGUGUCAAUUUGCCAUUAAAAGAAUCUGUAGAUUGUUUAGGUGAUAGUUAUAAUACUGCCAAAAAGCGAUUUUUUAAUUUAGAGAAACGUUUUAAACGAAAUCCUACUCUUAAAUAUGAGUAA